UAACAGUGAUGCCCACAUAUACAAAGAUUGGCUCAUUACCAUUACCGCCAGUGGCCCCGCCUGCAAAGCCCUGCAAGAGAUGGUGGUCGAUCGAAACCAGAUCGAGACGAACGAGGAGCAGCUGGGACAGUCCAUACAGAAGCUGGAGAAGGAAAGCCUCGAGAUGAAGCACCAGUACGUGUCAUACGACACCGAUUUGCUUUCGCCGCUGUCACAGAAGGACUUGUCCAUAGAAAAUCUGCAGAAAACUCUCAACGAACUGUCCCGCGAUGUUCUGCGUAACAGCCAGGAAGAGCAGAUGCGCUCCAUUUGCCCCGAGCUGGAGUCAAGCUGCGAGAGAAUCUGCACCAAGUGUCUGGAGUUUGAACGCCUUCUGGCCGAUGGCAAAUCCAAGUGCACGGAGACAACCCAGCGUGAGUGCGAUCAGCUGCAAGCGGACAUCGUCGAGACCCGGAAAAAGCUGGAAGACGUUCAGUUGGCUUAUACCCUGGCCAUGUGCCAGUUUUCCGAAAAGUCGGUGGACUGCAAAUGCUUCAGCUGUCCAAUAUCCACCGCUCGUGUGGACAAUGUAUUGCAGGAGAAGUACGAUGGUCUGGAGCAGAUGUGGCAGAGCCAGCAGAAGGUCAUACAGAGCAUGGCAGCAGACUAUAAUUUACACCAGAAGUACCAGAAGCUGCAACAAGAGUACGAGGAUCUGCGACGAACUUCGAGUGCUUCUGAAGAGCAGGUCCUGCAGCUGGACGCUGACAACAACAGACUGCAGAUUGAGAUUGUCACUCUGAGGGAGCGAGUGGAGGAGGCGCAGCGUCUGAUCUUGGAAGCUCCCAAUACCGAGGCCCAGAUAGAUGCUCUAAAGGAAGAACUGGCGGGGGUGCAGACGAUCUUUGGGCACAUGAGUAGAGUGUAUGACGAAAUGUAUAAUCAUCUUGGCGAAAGUGUACAGAAAUGCGACGUCCUGCAAAACGAACGGAAUGCACUGUGUACGGAAGUUAAGGAGCUUAACAAACGUUGCAUGUCCAUGGCGGUAAAGCAGGUGGAGCUCCAGUCAAAAGCCAGCCAGAAGCAGCUGCUCCUGGAAAGACAAUUAGAGAAAUUGUCAGACGACGUCCAACGCGUCGACCAGCUACAGGAAACCAAUGCGAAGCUCGUCGAGCGCAGCACCAAGGCUGAAGACUCCCUGUCGGAGAUGCAGGAGCGUUUGCUGCAGAACAAUCGAGACAUCGAGACUGUUGAAGAAGACCUAAAGAGUGCCAGAGAUCGCAUAGAGACUCUUGAACAAACUCUAAAGCGUGACAGAGAUCGUAUCAAGACUCUUGAAGCAACUCUGAAGAAUGCCCGAUAUGCGGUAGAUGCCAUUGAACAAAUAAAAACAGAUGAACUGAACGUCCUUAAGCUGGAAUAUCUAGAUAAAAUAGAGAAACUAAGAAAUCGUUUAACAAGCAAGAACCGUCGUCUCGAAGAAUGCGAGAAGCUGCGUGCGGAACUGAUAAAUACAAGUUAUGUACAGAAAACGCAGUUGUCCGCGUUGCAAGCGAAGGUCGAAAAUAAUUCCCAACUAAAGGCUCAACUCCAAUGCGUGCAGGCAGAACGUGAUUCCUUCCGGGACGCUUUGGACCAGAAAAAACAAAGCCUCGCAGAAACCAAUAGGAAAUGUCGGAAAAUGCGCCAGGAAAUUGAGGAGAGUCAAAAACAAGUAGCUCAACUUAUGGAAAAGAAUGCAGUUUAUGAGAAAAAAUUGACUCUCGAAGAAGCCAAUCAAAAACUAAACAACGAGUUGGGAGUAAAAACAAAUACGGCUGAGCUUACAAGCGACACUGUGAAGAAAGUUGUGGAGAGUACGUCUACCACUCCUCCAGAUCGCAAAUCCACACGAAUUGAGUCCGACCUGCGGAGGAAUCGUCGAAGAGCCAUCCACGAUGAGCGUCGCGCGCCGUACUUUAAUGGAAUGCUUUGAAAUUCCUCACAAUUUUUUGCGCUGACCAUAAAGGCGUGUUCAGUUGAGUUUAAUUAAUUUAUUGUGUUGCUUUUAAGUAAUU